AUGAACGCUUUAGAACGGGCCGUGGAUUUUUCUUGUACAUCACCUGGGCAUAUCCACGGCCGACUCCCAUUUGCUUUCUCCCUAGCCCUCAUAAGCCAUUCGCUCUAUCACCUGGAAGUUAUUCCUGUACUUUAUACCUGGGAGAAAACGCGCUGCAACACACACACACGCGCGCGCGCGCCCGAGGUCCGCAGCCUUGCGCCCUUUUUUGGAGGCAGCAGGAGGGCGGAUCCUGGCAGAUACAAAACAAACAACCUGCACGAAACAACUUUCCAACCAGAUCUCCAUGUCACCCGGAUAACUGCGGCUCUGAUCUCGCCUAUAAACCGCUGCCCACCUUUGCUACCUUGGUUUCCCCACCCACCUUCCUUUCAGAUUAAGCAGGGUAGCCCCGCCUCCGCCGAGCAGGCAGAGCGUUAUAUUGGGCUGGUCCGAAGCGGAGGAGAGACGGAGCCGGAGAACGGGAGACGAGCGAGAGAAGCGACGGACGAUGACAACCGUCCGGCUACCGAUGGGGCGGCGGCCCCCGGGGCGGCAGCGGGGCCCGGGCGGAGCCGUCCGGCAGUGACCGCGGCGCCGUCGAGCGGGGACCCCUCCCCACCCGGGGGGCCGGCGACUCCCCAGGAGGAGGGCCCUCGACGAAGCGCUCUGCGGUCCCCUGCGGCCUCAGUGCCCGGCGCUCCGCGAUGGCCGUCCCACGCUGAUUACGGAGCGGCCUUGGGUUUGGCCACCGGGGCCGCCUUGGCCGGUGCCCGCAGCCGGCCAUUUGGGUUUCUUCCUCCCGAAAGCCCCGCUUCCCGCCGCCCUCUUUCUUCGCCUUUCCGUCCUCCCCUGGCUCCGGCAGGACAAGGGCCCGCGCAGCGCCUCGGCCCGACCAACGGCGAAGCCGAAACGGGCGGCGACCUGGAAGGGGCGGGCGGCGGCGGCGUUGGCUCGUCGUCUCCCGUCUCGGGCCCCGGAGUGGACGAGACGGGCUCCGGCGGGGACUGCGCCGCCCACGGCCCGGGCAGCGGCGAAGGGGCCGCAGCCGGGGGAAACUCGGCCGGGGCCGGGGCCGCGGGGGUGGCCGGGGGCGGGCGCACCAAGCCGUACACCCGCCGGCCAAAGCCCCCCUACUCGUACAUCGCGCUGAUUGCCAUGGCCAUCCGCGACUCUGCCGGGGGCCGCCUGACGCUGGCCGAGAUCAACGAGUACCUCAUGGGCAAGUUCCCCUUCUUCCGCGGCAGCUACACGGGCUGGCGUAACUCGGUGCGCCACAACCUGUCGCUCAACGACUGCUUCGUCAAGGUGCUGCGCGACCCCUCGCGGCCCUGGGGCAAGGACAACUACUGGAUGCUCAACCCCAACAGCGAGUACACGUUCGCCGACGGGGUCUUCCGCCGCCGCCGCAAGAGGCUCGGCCACAAGGCGGCCGCGGCGGCGGCGGCGGCGGGGCCGGCUGCCGCGGGUCCCGGGCCGGCCCGCCUCCUCCCGCCCCCGCCAGCCUUGGCUCCCCUCCCGCCCGCCCCCUCGUCCCCGCCGCGCUGCAAGGAGGAGGGCGCGGGCGCCAAGUUCUCCAGCUCCUUUGCCAUCGAGAGCAUCCUCAGCAAGCCCUUCCGCCGCGGCGGGGAGCCGGGCGCCGAGCCCCGGCCGCAUCCCCCCCCGGCCGCGCGGCUGCUGUGGGCCGCCGGCUACCCGGCGCUCGGCCCGUACAGCGCGGCCCCGCGGCCUCAGCCCCCCGCGGCUCUCUUCUCCGGAGGCGGUGGAGGAGGAGCAGGAGGGGGCGCGGCGGCCGCGGCGGGGGGCGGGUCCCUCCUGCAGCUAUACGCCUACGGCCUGGGAGAGCCGCGGCUCCUGGAGGCUCGGGGGAGGGGGGCGCCUCCGGCCCCCCAGCAUCUCUUCCUCUCCGCUUCUGUGGCUGCCGCCGCCAAGUCUUUCCGCGGCCCGCAGGCUGGCGGCGGGUCGCAGCUGUACUGCCCCCUCCGGCUGCCCGGGGCCUUGCAGGCGGCCUCCGGCUGCGGGCCCAGCGCCUACCUGACCUAUCCCGUGGAGACGCUUCUCGCCUAAGCGGGCCCCGCGGGCCGGCCGAGGAAUGAGUGACUGCCGAGGGAGGAGGAUGGGGGGGCAGCGGCCGGGGAGAUCUGGGCUGGCUCCGAGUUCUGCACUUUCGACCUAGAGGGAAAGAGACCUUUAAAGCAAGAUGCCACGUGCCUUAAAGCCGAAUGGUUUCAAGCAGGUGUUUUAAUCAGUCAGAAAGGGUUUGUUUUGUUUUUAAUGGGACUUUUCAGUGGACCAAAGCGUUUCUUAAUAAUAGAUGUAACUACUUGACCAAGCCGGUUUUCCCUAGGGUCUUCACUUAAAAAAGAGAGAGGGAAAAAAAAGGAUUAAACCUCCUUUUCUAUCCCCUUUACCACUUUCCAAUUUGCCUCCUUUCUUUGCCCCGAUCCCCUCUCUCUCUUCCUACCCCUUCCCUUCUCCCUUCUAAUUUCCUCAUUCAACAAGAGCAAUUUGCUUAUCAGGGACCUGUUCCGAGAGAUAAAUUAAACGACUACUCUAUGGGGUGCAUUGGCCCCACUGUGUGCUGUGCGUGUGUGAGAGUAAGUGAGCUCGCGUAUUUGUCUGGUGUUUGAAGGUGAGAAAGGUCAGAGAUUUUCUAAGGAUUUCUCUGCUCUAAACCAAUGCAUCACUGUGCCAAAAAAAAAAACUGUAUAGCUAUAAUGUUGUUUGUUGUUGGGUUUUUGUAGUUCUAUUAUUUAUUAAAAACAAACCUUUGGAGUAAAAACAAAUGUUGCAGGCGACGGGCUUUAUUUGUUGUUCAGUGAUCUUCUCCAUCGAGGUUCUUUGGGACAGAGCUGAUGGAGCUAGGCGUGUCGAUUUCUUACAGAAAUAGCAUUAUGCAUGUGGGGUGCUAAGAUCACAGCCACUGGAAAGCAAGUUUUUUUAAUGUUAUUAUU